GGUCCAGAGACCUGUUGAUCGCAGGUGUCACUGGCCAGACCGGCCCCUGGGUCCCGUGUGCGCGCAUGCUCCACGCGGGCGGGCGGCGGAGAGCGGCCGUGGCCGUCUGCCUCUCUGCGUGUCGUUUCGGCUGUCACGACGUUGUGGGUGUCGGCGUGAGGCGGAGGCGGGCCAGCGGGACUGGAAGGCUGCGGCGCUCGGGAGGUAGAGCUUGGGACUUGCUUUGAGGUCACGCUGAUGAAAUAUGGAAUCACCUUUGAUAACUUCACCUGGAUCAGAGGAAAGCUGCUUUAUUAGAGAAACAUAAAGGAAACAAAUGCCCAGAGGAACCUGCAGAUGCCAGCCCUGCACCUUGUGUCUUCUCUAUAUAUUUUUAGCCCAUCAGAAUUAAUGACUUACACAUUAAAGAAAAUGGUCUAUUCAUCAUACUAUUUUUAGCAGUUUUUUCAUCAAUGUAUACAAUUUAUAAAAUUUAAGAGUUAUAAAACCUGUAAGGCCUUGUUUAAAAUAACUUGCUUUUUAGCACUCAGAACUUCAAUAUUUACUUUGUUUUUACUUCUGAAAGUUCUCAGAAAUGUAGAACAUCAGGGAAGAUAUGGACUUGGAAGCAUACAGUUUUAUUGUGGAUUGCAGUGGGGUUUAAGUGAACAACUCAAGACAUCACCCGUUUUGUUGUCCAAAAUACCACAUAAGCUUAUUUAGCUUUAAUGCAAAAGAAGUUGCUUGAAAAUGGCCUGGGUAAAAUUCUUACGGAAGCCUGGUGGUAAUCUUGGGAAAGCCUAUCAGGCUGGAAGUUUGCUGUCCCUAGCCCCUACUGUAGGCUUAUUAAAUGAACCAGGACAAAACAGCUGCUUUCUUAAUAGUGCCGUACAGGUUUUAUGGCAAUUAGAUAUAUUCCGAAGAAGCUUGAGAGUUCUGACUGGACAUAUUUGUCAGGGAGAUGCCUGUAUAUUUUGUGCAUUGAAGACAAUAUUUGCCCAGUUUCAGCACAGUCGAGAAAAAGCACUGCCCUCAGAUAACAUCCGGCAUGCUCUUGCGGAAAGCUUUAAAGAUGAGCAGAGGUUUCAGCUCGGCCUCAUGGAUGACGCUGCUGAGUGCUUUGAAAAUAUAUUGGCGAGGAUUCAUUUUCACUUGGUGCCAAGCAGGGAUGCAGACAUGUGCACGUCUAAAUCAUGUGUCACUCAUCAGAAGUUUGCUAUGACUCUGUAUGAACAGUGUGUGUGCCGUAGCUGUGGAGCAUCUUCAGACCCUCUGCCCUUUACAGAAUUCGUGAGGUACAUUUCUACAACAGCCCUGUGCAAUGAAGUUGAAAGAAUGAUGGAAAGACAUGAACGAUUUAAGCCAGAGAUGUUUGCAGAAUUGCUGCAAGCAGCAAAUACAGCAGAUGACUAUCGGAAGUGUCCUAGUAACUGUGGCCAAAAAAUAAAAAUUCGCCGUGUUUUAAUGAAUUGCCCAGAGAUUGUUACAAUUGGAUUAGUCUGGGAUUCUGAGCACUCUGACUUAACUGAAGAUGUUGUCCGAAGUCUAGCCACACAUCUCUACCUUCCUGGGCUUUUUUAUAGGGUUACUGAUGAAAAUGCCACAGACAGUGAACUUCACCUUGUUGGUAUGAUCUGUUACACCAGCCGACACUAUUGUGCUUUUGCUUUUCACACCAAGAGCUCCAAGUGGGUGUUUUUUGAUGAUGCACACGUGAAGGAGGUUGGAGCCAGAUGGAAAGAUGUGGUCUCCAAGUGCAUUCGAUGCCACCUACAGCCACUUCUGCUGUUUUAUGCAAACCCAGAUGGUACAGCAGUCUCGACUGAGGAUGCGCUCAGGCAGGUUGUCCACUGGUCACAUUACAAAUCGGUUGCAGAAAAUAUGGGAUGUGGAAAGCCUAUCAGUUACAAGCCAGAUAAUUCGAAGGAAAAUGGAUUUAGUGGUCAGGCGAAACAAAGGGAAAAUCCCAAACUUCAAGCUGAUACUGUCUCAUCAUUUAAUCGGAGCCAAAUGCAGACAAGUGGAAGGAGAGGGCCAGUUAAGUUUAGCAAUGAUCAAAGAGAAAAGAUGAAAGAUAUUUCCAGAGAAUGUGCUCUGAAAGCCAUUGAACAGAAAAAUGCACUUUCUUCUCAACGGAAAGAUUUAGAAAAGGGACAAAGGAAAGAUACAGGCCGACACAGGGAUUCGGUUGAUGAGGACGUUUCAUCUUUCAAGUCUGGAUCACCUCCUGCCCCGGAUGGCUUUAGACAACAGGGGAACCCCCAUCUCUACCAUAGCCAAGGCAAAGGACCCUGUAAACACGACCGAGCUGCGCAUGAGAGCCACACUGCUGGGAAACUGUUAAGCUCAAGCAAAUCCCAGAGUCUUCUUGUUCCUGGAGAGAAAACAACAGGCAAAGCUAGGAGUGACAGUGGCACUGGAUAUGACACAGACAGUAGUCAAGAUUCAAGGGACAAAGGAGGCAGCUACAAUAACAGGACUAAAAGCCGCCACCGUGGCUGGAAACCCAUGAGAGAAACAUUAAAUGUUGAUAGUGUAUUUAGUGAAAGUGAAAAACGGCAGCAUAGUCCUAGGCAUAAGUCAGACAUCAGUAACAGACCUAAGUAUAGCAAGGAUCAGAGUUUUAAUAACUGGCCAAAAGCAAACCCAAAGCAGAAAGGGCUAAUGACCAUCUAUGAAGAUGAAAUGAAGCAGGAGGCAGGAGGCAGAGGUUCCCUUGAAACUAAUGGGAAAGGAGUAGAAAGAAAUACAAGCACCGCAGAGAGCAGAGGCCCCAGUAGCAGCUGGCAGAUGCAAAGGACAGAGUCUGGCUAUGAAAGCAGUGAUCAUGUCAGCAAUGGAUCUGCUAAUUUGGACUCCCCUGUUACUGAUGGAAGUGGGACAGUAAUGGAGACCACUGGUGUCAAAGCCUUCAGUGAGCAGAUUAAGAUGAACAAUCUAAAUAUAAACAGUAUGGAGUAUAUAUCUCAUCAGAGCAAAGACCACUUAGAAGGUUUUAGGAAAAAAACCCAGGACUUGGAAGCAGGUGAUAGAUGUCAUGAGCUCCACCCAGAAUCACAUCUGCAAAUAAAAAGCCAUUUCAUAAAAAGAUCACAUAUCGGUGAAACCAGUGACAGGUCGUUUCCUUCAGCUAGCCUACAAACACUUAAGGACCAUAUUACAAGAGAGCAUGUCUACCAGACAAAUGAACAGAAAUUGGAAAAAUCUGAUGGGACCAAGUUUUCUGAGUGGCGUAAUACAGAAAUUUCUGAAGGAACAGGCUUGCGAUUCCACACUGAUGACUGUUCUGUGUCUGGAAAGAGAGUCAGCAGUAAUGAAACAGUCUCACCAUCCUCGUUGUUCUCACAUGUGAGAACUGCUGAACUGAAGACAGAAACUGGACCCCUCAUAUUUUGGCCACAGCAGAACAUCACGGGACAGUGUUACUCUGAGAACUCUCUAUCCAGAGAACAUACUCUUCAGUCAUCCUGCAACACCGAUAGCUGUCAGAUGCCAAAACUUCAUUGCCACAGUUCACCACCCCCUUUGCCACCAAAGAAAUAUUCUGUGACCAGUGUGCCACAGUUAGAGAGAGCGGAAUUUAUACCUGAAGUCAGACUUACAGGUAAUUCCUCUAAUCUUCCAAAACACAGUUUGAGUACCACAUCAGGACCAAGCUUAGAAGGGAGUUUAUACAUGAUCCAUGAAAAAGAUAAAGAAACUAUUCAAGUGAAGCAGCAUGCCGCCAACAACUGCCCAUCCAGUUAUGCAACUAAUGAUCGUCAGGCAAACUCGAAAGCAGUAGUUGAUGCACCUUGCCAACCAGAUCAGUACUCUAGUUCUGUGUGCCCAAAUGAAGCAAUUUCAUUAACUACCUAUUUUUCAGUUGAUAGUUGCAUGACUGAUACAUACAGAUUGAAAUAUCAUCAAAGACCCAAGCUUUGUUUUCCAGAGAGCAGCAGCUAUUGUAAUAAUUCACUAUCUCAGACAGAGCAUGUAGAAGGAUCCAUUACAUAGUGGUCAUCUUUGUUCACACUGUCCUUCUAAACAAAGAUACAAACUCUGGUAUCCAUUUUAAGAUAAAUGUGCUGGCCUUUUAAAUAUACAAACUAACCAAAACCUAAUGAUAUAUAAAACAAAGACUGGUAUUUUGAAAUUAACCAGGUUAAACUUACACAUUUUGUGAUGAUCAGUUCACUAAAUAUUUUAGAAAUUCUCGUGUGAGUGGCCUUGGUAUACCUUGAAAAGUAAGAAAGGGUGUGUACAAUUCAUUUACUAUAUGUAACAGUUGAGCAAAUACCAUGUCUCCUGUUACGUGGCAGGUAGAUGUAAGAGUAUUAUACUAACAUGUAUUAAUAUGUAGAUUGGUGCAUUUUGCUAAUUAAGAAAUGCAGUUUGUCUAGGGAAAGCAGUAUUUGCUUUUUGCAGAGCACUUUGUAGUGGGUAACCAAAAGAUGGCUAUACCCACAUGCCUUUGACUUCUGUGAUAGUCUAGUAUGUGUGAUCCUUCAAGUGUCUUAAAGUAACCAUGGAUUUGUUAUGUUAUCAUCUGGAAAGCAUUUGCCUUAAUGAUCACCAUUUUUAAAUUAAAAUCUCAAGGUCAUAUAAAACUUUAUUGCUAGAACUUUUCAGAAUAUCUAUUUAACAUAAAUUAGCCUUUAUAAUUUGUAUUAAAAUAUUUCAAUCUUGUAAGUUAAAAGUAAAAGUAUUGUAGUAUAUUCUUUAUCUUGUUAAAUUGUUUUCUAGCCCUGUGUGAAAUGUGAAAGGUCUUCCCUUUGAUUUACUUUGGGCUGCUAAUGACCAGUGUUACAAAUUAACAUUGGGCUUUCUUAUUGUAAUUGAACUGCUGCUUUUAUUACUUAAAGAUUGCUAAAGAUUGUCAAUGCUUAGGUUUUUGCCUUUAUAUAAAGGCUUAAUCUUGAUGAAAUGUUAUUCAUUUUUCUCUUAAACAAAUAAGUAAUUUUAUGUGCACUACCACCAUGUAGUGAAGUUUAUAUCGAAAGGAAUGUUCAUUAUUAUGUUGAAAGUUAAUUGAAUUGCAUUAUUAGUUAUGAUUUUAUUUUGUAACAGAUGAAUAAAUCAAUUGGGCUUUAGAAUAGUUUCAUAAUACCUACUCCAGAGAAUUGAGAACUACAAAAUUAGUUGUCUUUGUCUCUAAACGGUUAAGUUUUGUAAUCAUUAUUUUAAGUCAGUAAACUGAUAAACUCAGUAGCUUGCUGAAUCCCAGAGAUUGUUAAAAUCCAAAGUGUGUUUUAGAAAAGUUCUUUUAGAUAAACUGAAAAUUGCUUAUAAAAGUCUGAAUUCACACUGUUACCAAUUCUUGGCCAAAUAUGUUUUUUUUUAUUCCAGCCGUGCUAGUUGGUGGUCAUUGCUUUGUAUUUCUUAAGAAACACUUGAAUAUCAAAUUAAAAUUGACCCCUAAAGCUUAUUUUUUAACAGCUUUUAGUAUGGAGAGUUUGUAAAUAAUGUAAAGUUUGUAAAAUUGAAUUUGAAAUGUCAAUGUUUAUAAUUCUUGCUUUUAUAACAUUGUAAAAUACUAGAAAAGAGCUUCAGUUAUUUUUAAUAGCUUAUAAAAGAUUUUUAAGUUUAAAGUUUUCUAUUUGGUCCAUAUUCCCUGUUGGUAAUGUAUUAUUUGAAACAUUAAACUAAUUUCUGUAUUUUACAGCAGUUUCAUAGAUGUACAUUUUCAACUCAGUUGAGUUUGCAAACAGAAAUGUUUUUCUCACUUUACUCAGUUAAAACCCUCUGCAUUAUAUAAUACUGACUUAAGUAGAAACUAGUCAUUUGUUGAUUCAACACAGAAUAGAUUCAGUACACAUUUGUACACAUUUCUUCUUCUCUGAUGCUUAUUUUUAUCAAUGUUUCCAUGUUAUAAGCUUGUAACUUCUUAAAUAAUGCAAUCAUGUUUCAAAUAGUUAUCUUCAGAAUAUUGUAUUUUCAUGUGAAAUUAAUUUCUUAUGGCUCAAAACAAAUUAAGAGACUCAAUGUUAAGCUAAUAUAGCUAGUCUUUUUUUUUUUUGCAUUUAUGAACUGUGUCGCCUUCCACACAUUACACAUUUUAUGGGAAACAUAAAAAAGAAAAUAAAGAUCAUAAAAUAUUAGCCCAGGAGUUCUUAAGAUUUAAAUCCCAGCAAAGUCUGAACCACAGCUCCUAGACAAAUUGGCAGCCGUUCUGUAGAGGGCAUGAUGUAAAUUAUCUAGACUGAGGACAGUAAAUCUCUAACAACUACUCAGAUUUUUGGAUUGAAAACAGUCAACAAUUUGUGAUGAAUGAGUGUAGCUAUUUUUCAAUAAAACAUCAAAAUCUA